AGGACCCUGGCCGUGUCGCCGUGUGCUCCGACUAGGCUGUCUUGUGGAAUAAAGCGUGCCUGACCGACCACCCGCCCUUGUUCUGUUUGUUGUCUGAUGAAUGAAUCCCAGCCAGCCCAUUGCCCAUCGCCCAUCUCUUCUCUUCCACCCGCCUGUUCGCGAAGCAACCCGACAUCCGCAGGCCGUGGCUGGUGCUUCUCGCUCUCUCCCCGCCACGCACAAGGAGAGCGCGGGCUGCUCGGCUGUUCGUCCACCAGGCGGAACCCAAACCAACAGUGCGUGAAACAGAGCGCGCUCUAAAACGUCAUCGCCCGCGCGCAUCUGCCCAUAUGCUUCGAACAUGACUGGAGACCCCGCAGCCACAGCUGGGCGCCGUUUCCUGUCUCUGCCGCUCGCCGCCGAUCCUUCUUCUUCAUCGUCCGCCUGAAGAUACCCCCCCGACGACCGCGUUCCACCCACGAACACGCCGCCCUGACCUGGGAAUCCCUCCUCCUUCGCACCCGCGCUGCGGCGGCUCCCGGCGGCAGCUCGCCGUCCGCCCUCGCUCGGGAUGGCGUCUCUCUUCCAGUCCUUCCGCGGCUCGGCCAUGCCCAAACGCCUGCUCCGCUAUGCCCUGUCGCGCCUAGAGCUGCUGGACUCGGACGCGCUCGAUAUGGACAACCUGGACCUGGCGCUGGGCAGAAACACGGUGCUCGAGUUCCGCGAUGUCGGCAUCAAGCUCCAGAAACUAGAGCGCCUCCUUAACCUCCCGCCCGCCUUCACCCUUCAAAAGGCCAAAGUUAUCCUCCUGCGCGUCACCAUACCGAUGGACUUCUACACAAGCCCCAUUCUCGUCGAAGUCGAUGGCGUCAACGUCAGGCUCAAGGUCGACCCCAAGGAUGCUACAGAAGCACAGCUCAAGAAGCAAAAGACACGCCCAUCCGGCAGCGAAGUUGUUCCCAACACAGUCGACCUCGCCCAGUCGUUCCUGGAGCAGCAGCCAUCAGAUGAGAAGGAGAGACUGGAGGCCGCCCUGGCUGCCGAGACACAGGAUCUGGGCGCUUCGCUGUCGCUUAGUGAAGAUGAGAGCGACGAGGAGAGCGGCUUCGGCACAGGCCAGGCUCUCUCGCUACCCGCCUUCCUGGCCGACUUCCUCCAGGGUAUCGUCGACCGCACCCAAAUACAGAUCCGCGGCGUCACCUUCCAGCUAGAUGUCGGUGUUCCGGCCGAGCCAAACGCCACCGCCCCUGACGUCGUGACCUUUGAGCUUGCGAUGGGCCGUAUCAACGUCGAAGGGGUAACAACAACCUUCCAGGCCGACGAGGAUGAAUCCCCCAAGAUCGUCCCAAAGGAGGGGAAGAGGCAUGUAUCCCUCGAGAAUAUCACGGCGUUCCUAAUAUCUGAGGCCAACGUCUUCUCGACCUUCGAGAGGACCGUAUCGGUGCCGCCGUCACUCGGCACAGAAUCCUCUGCUGCGUCUGCCUUGAGGAGUCCUAUGUCGGAGAGGUCUUAUGCGUCCUCGCUUCAGAGGGGCGACGAUCUUCUGACGGAUUCGAUACUCCUCGAGCAGAGCCAGUAUUUACUUGACGACAGCGAGGAUGCUCUCAAUAUUCCAUAUGAACUGGACAGCUCAACCGAGGAUGUCGAAAACGAGAUUGAGCCCCCGGCCUCGUCCUUGUCAACUCCAAGGGCAUCCAUGUACCUGGAGUCCGGGCCCCGUCCGCGUCCAACCUCGGCCAACAUUUCCCAUUCGGCCCUUGAGGGAAACCCACAUCCUUGGGGCUCUCCGUCUAGGGGUGUGCAGUCGGAGCCGGCGCUCACCGCCCUGCCUCCAAUCGUCCCAUCCGCAGUCCAACAGGGGCCUUUUCCCGACCUCCAGGGCGGCGAGUCCGUUUACUCUAGCGCUGCGGGCAGUGUGCAUUCGGUAGAGGCGUCACCUGCGGAUGACCUCGCCGAGUCUCAUCUCUUUAGUCACGAGGAGGCCGAAUCCAUGUACAUGAGCGCUUUCUCUGCGACAGAGUCGGUGAGGUUGCGCUCCAGGAUGCCGGGCGGUUGGGACUCUGCCGACGCAAGCCCCGAGUCGUCGCCGAGAGCAAAACGACCAGCAACCCCAAGCGCCGUCGAGCCACAAAGGCAGGAGCUUCCGCCUGAGAAAGAGGGGGUACUGCCAUCAUCCUUGGUGGCUGAUGACGUGACUAGGCCAUCGGUAUUCGAAGCAACACCGACGCCUGCGCCUGCUCAGGACGGCUUGGAUGGCACUACCGAAAGCGACGAUCCCCCGCGUGAACUCUUGACAGAAGUCGCUCCUGACAUUGGCACCUAUGAUGACCCGGAAACUCAAGGCCAUAGUGCUCCGCAAGAGGAGUGCGCCACUCCUCGUGGUCCUGCUCGUUUAGCCAAGAGGAUCCUGGCUCUCGACAACAUUUCGGUCUACGUCCCAUCAAAGCACAGCCACGUGCAUGUCAUCACGGCUGAUGGGCGGUCAAUAAUCCCAACACUAGAUGCUACGCACGCCGGAUUGUCAAAGUCGACGUCUCCGCAUUUGCCGGGUGCAUUCUCGGUCAUGUCAACCUCGCCGGCCAGCCCUCCUCCGGCCGGCAUUUCGGAGCUUGACCCUGACUCUGACGAGCCGGAGAAAGCCACCGACAGGUCCCUCGAAGUGAUCCUGUCGCCGCUGAAUAUCCAAUUCGAUGCCUCUAUUGGCUUUCUUCUCGCUAUGGUAGUGUCUAGAUUGCUCUCCACAAUCAGCAGCAAGGAGGUCGAACGGCCAAACGAGGGUGUUGGGUCGGCCGCAAAACCGGCACAAACGUCGGCGCCCCACGAGGACAUUCGUAUCACGCUGGAGGAAGUGUCUCUACUCUUCCUAGAGCGGCUGGCUGGCGUCGCAGAGACACCGGACAGGAUAUUCGGAGCUGGCCCGGCGGGCUUCGGCGCCGACGUCCUGCUGCAGACGCAGCUUCGUAAUGUCCAGGCCUCCAUCACCCCGAGCGAGACCGCAAUCGAUAUUGAGAGCUUUACGUUUGGUUACGCCGGUGAAGACGCCAGUAUCAUAUCUUUUGAUCGAAGCUUGCAGAUGAUGGCUUCCGUCAAGGACGCGAUGCCCACGCCCGGGUCCGAGGUGUCCAUCAAGAUCAGAAAGUCGACCUCUUCAACCCAGGUCGAUAUCAACACCUUGCCCUUGCACGUCCGACUGGAUCUCCGACGACUGGACGAGACUUUUAGCUGGUUUGGCGGCUUGAGCAGCUUCCUUAGUAUGGGAUCAUCCAUGACUUCCAACCAGAACGUCCCGCCGCCAGCCAAAGUCCCUGUUCGAUCCGCAGCUGCUCCUCGGGGCGUGCGAUUCGAAGCCCCUAUAAAUCCAGACGACCGCUCGGCAUCAUCCGACAACAAGGUGAACAUGCGGAUCAAUGCGAUCCAGGUGGAUCUGAUCGGAAAGGAUUGCAAUGUUGUGCUGGAGACAAGUGCUCUGAAGCUCGUUAGCCGAGACGAAGGCAUCGGCAUGGCCAUGACCAAGAUUCAGCUUAGCGGCCCCUAUUCAAAAAAUAGCGGCUCGCAUCCGCCAGUCAGCGUCACUGUGGUCGGCACCCGGGUUGAGUUUUCCAUGGCGCCCAAGGAUGCCGAUCUCGAACGCCUGUUGGAACUGAUCUCCCCCUCGAAACUGAAGUAUGACGAGGAUCAAGACGAGAUCAUGGUCGAGACUCUGCUUCGGCAACGGAAGAAGGGCUCUGUGCUCCGGAUCUGGGUUGAUAAAGUCAACUUGGACGCCUCGAAUCUGCCACACCUGAGCUGUCUGCCGUCACUUGCUGAAGACCUCGCCCGUCUGGGGACGGUUGCCAAGUACCUGCCAGAGGAUGAUCGCCCGGGACUGCUGUCUCUCACCCUUGUGCGAUCCCUGAACGUGUCGGUCGAUGUCGGCGGGCGGUUCGGCGUCGUCGAUGCCGUCAUGAAGGACUUUGACAUUGCACACAUCACGGUGCCCUCACUCGUCGCCACGGCCGUGGGGUCUCUGACCGUCGACCGCAACCGUAUUGAGAAGCUUGUCGGCUCGUCCCUGCUGCCGUCAGCCUCUCUGUCCAAGACGCCGGUCCUGAUGAUGCGCAUGAUUGGUGACGUUAUAGAACCUACCAUCACGGUCAAGCUGCAUGGAAUCAACCUAGAGUAUAGGGUCCCGACCAUAAUCGACCUGCUAGAGCUGGACAAAGAUGCCACCCCGGAGGACUUCGAGGCAGGUCUGGCGGCCUCGGUCGCACAGCUGGGCGAACAAGCUCAUAUGGCAAUCGCUAGCCAAACCAGCACUACAGCCAGAUCCACCCCUGGAGGCGGGCAGAUCAAGAACAAGCCCCCGAAGGUCGACCUUGCCUUCAUUGACUGCAUCAUCGGCCUGAACCCACUUGGACUGACUUCCAAGAUGGGCGUUGUUCUUGCCGACAGUCGCCUCUUGGCCAACCUUGGCGAUAAAGGAGACGUCGAAGUGGUCUGGAACCUGAAGAAGGCCUCUGUUGUUCUGAUCGAUGACAUCUCCGUCUUCGAGGCGGAGGAGGACAUACCGCCGACGAGACGUGCGCACCGGUCAUCGGACGCUUCUGCGACGAGGCAGAAGCUGUGGGGGAUGGAGUCGAGCCUUUGCUCCAAAGGCUUCGUCAGCGUUUGCCAGAUCCACUCGGCGUCGGUAACGGUGCGUGUGGCAGACGACGGAUCUGGCGACAAGGCCAUCGAGGCCGAGAUCAGGGACAAUCUCCUUGUGCUCGAGACAUGCGCCGACUCGACACAGACGCUGAUUGCGCUUGCGAACGCGCUCAAGCCCCCGACGCCACCGAGCAAGGAGGUCAAGUUCAAGACGCGGAUCAUCCCGGUGGAGGACCUCCUGGCCUCCAUCUCGCCAGAUGCCUUCGGCAAAGCAGAAGGUGACUACAACUUUGACGAUGAUUUUGGCGAGGCGCGAGGUUUGCCCGGCGAUGACGAUAUCUCUGAUGGUGGUUCAGAGAUGAUAAGCGCAAUGGAAGCGGAGUACUACCCUCGUCCUGAAGAAGGGCCCAGCGAGAAACUGUUUGACGCGUCAUCGUCCAUGACAUCAGAUCGCACGACGACGCAGGAAACGCACGACGACGGAGUACUGCUGGACUUGGAACAGCCGGCUUCUGGAGAUCUCGGCAUCGAUGACAACUUCUUCGGCACAACCUCUGCGGCCAAAGGCGCCGGGCGGCAGUGGGACUCUGCAAGAAAUAAGAAAGAUGACUCGGACGUCAAGAAGGCCGCCAAGAGCCUGCUGAAGGUGAAGGUGCGGGACGUGCACGCCAUCUGGAACCUAUUUGACGGCUACGACUGGCAGCGCACGCGCGAUGCUAUCAGCAAAACCGUGCAAGAGGUCGAGGCCAGGGCGUACGAGCGGCGGGCGCGGCUUGACAGGCGGUCGGCCUACGAUCAGGAUUUCGAGGAAGAAGAGACUGUCAUCGGCGACUUCCUCUUCAACUCGAUCUACAUCGGCAUCCCCGCUCAUCAGGACCCGCGCGAGCUGUCCAACGGGAUUGCCCAGGACCUUUACGGCGACCGGCAAACCGACACCGAGUCGGUAGCAACAACCCAGGUCACAGCGACGCCAAGUCGUCUCGGAGGUCCGUCGUCACGGCCCAAGUCCAGGAGGCUGAAACUCCACCGGAGCAGACACCACAAGAUCACGUUUGAGCUGCGGGGCGUCAAUGUCGACAUGGCCACCUUUCCCCGCGGCUCGGGAGAGACGGAAAGCUCUGUGGACUUGAGUAUCAAGGACCUCGACAUUUUCGACCACGUGCCAGGGUCGACAUGGAAGAAAUUUGCCACAUACGACCGUGAUGCGGGCGAGCGCGAGAUCAAGAGCAACAUGGUGCAACUCGAGCUGCUAAACGUCAGGCCCGUGCCAGACCUAGCCGCCACUGAAAUCGUGCUGAAGGUCAGCCUUCUUCCUCUCAGACUCCACGUCGACCAGGACGCGCUCGACUUCAUCACGCGCUUCUUUGAGUUCAAGGACGACUCGAUUCCCCUGCCCGGCUCGCCGAGCGACGUGCCCUUCAUACAGCGGGCAGAGAUCAGCGCAAUACCUGUCAGGCUCGACUUCAAGCCGAAGCGCGUCGAUUACGCCGGCCUCCGGUCUGGGCACACAACCGAGUUCAUGAACUUUAUGAUUCUCGACGGCGCGAGCAUGACGAUGCGCCACACUAUCCUCUACGGUGUCUCCGGGUUCGAGAGGCUGGGCCAGACGCUAAACGAUAUCUGGAUGCCGGACAUCAAGCGCAACCAGCUGCCCGGAGUCUUGGCGGGGCUUGCUCCGGUGCGGUCUCUCGUCAACGUCGGCAGCGGGUUCCGGCACCUUGUGGAGAUCCCGGUGCGCGAAUACAAGCAAGACGGGCGCAUCAUGCGGUCCCUUGGCAGGGGUGCUGCCCUCUUCGCCCGCACGACGGGCACCGAGAUGGUCAAGCUGGGCGCCAAGGUGGCCGUUGGCACACAGUACGUCCUGCAAGGAGCCGAGGGCUUGCUGGUCAACAACCCCGAGCAGGGUGGCGGCGCCGGAGCGUCCUCAUCUGCCGGCGUAUCGUCAGGCUGGGACUCUGAUGAGCCGUCGGACUCUGAGGAGCGGAAGCAGAUUUCGCUGUAUGCGGACCAGCCGACGGGGGUGAUUCAGGGCUUGCGACACGCCUACUCGAGUCUGAGCCGCGACCUUAGCGUGGCUCGCGACGCCAUCAUUGCGGUCCCCGCCGAAGUGAUGGAGAGCUCGAGUGCAAAGGGGGCAGCCAAGGCGGUCAUCAUGCGGGCACCGACAAUCAUCUUCAGGCCGGCUAUCGGAGCCACCAAGGCCAUUGGCCAAACGCUCAUGGGCGCCACGAACAGUCUGGAUCCGCAAAACCUCCGCCGCGUGGAAGAUAAAUACAAAUCCGGCCCUGGCCGCUAGCCCGCCGCCAGUGUCCCAACACCCGCUCAGGGAUCAAAGAACUGGGCAGUCCUCCCAUGAUUGGUUUUCUAUCAACAAGCCACGUUUUGGCUGUUUUGUUUGCACCACGAAGCUUAUGCAUUUCGCGUCUUACAGGCGCGCUUUGAAUUUUGAUAUCCCAAAUUUGUCUCGGUUUUGCUUGCCAUGCUGCUGCUAAAUCCCCACAGAACGCUGUGUUAUAUCUCUUCUCACGAUUUUCUUUUCUGCCGGUUUCUUCAUUUUUCAGUUUGGUUGGCUUUUCUUUCCCCUCGCUAUUAUUGCAUUAGAAUGGCGUCCCCUGGGCCAAGUCAGCCCGGUGUGAUGGCAGCGCGGAUAGAAAUAUCGCACGACGCAUAGGACCACUCUCCUCGCCCGUCCACCACAUCUUUGCAUACCCUAAACUUGCGUUUUGGUCAGCUUCGUGGGCUUUUAGGGGGCCAGAAUGUACGUAUACACGACGACGAGAAGAGACGUGAUAGGCCAGAGGCAGCAGGGAAUGUAAUGGGGGUUUGGCCCACGCCGGACACGGAAGUACUUGUUAGGGCAGAACAGCCAGCCGACGGCUGUCGCUCACUACCACAGACUACAGUUUUUGUAUAUAGACAGAAUAUAUCGAGUUGGAUGGCUGCAAAAGCAACACACAACUUCACAUGGCCUGUGGGUUGUCGAUAAAUCCCAAGUAUAUGGGCUA